AGCCAUGGUAUAUCUCAACAUAGGAGUCUAGCAGGGACACGACACCAGCUACCGACUCUACCCACCUCGACUCUGACAUCUUUGUCGUCUCCCAACCACGCACCACAAUGCGUGCCCCUCUCAAGCUCCCAUCGAGGAGUUAUACCCACAUAUCACAGCGACGCUUCUCAACAACACCGGCUGUGGGCGAGGUGGUAGACCUGGCCUUCCAGAGACAUGACCCUCCGAGCCAGCCAGACAAGUCUAGGCCGCCUAUCAUCCUCAUGCAUGGCUUGUUCGGGUCUCAGCGAAAUAAUCGCACCAUGAGUAAAGUCCUAGCCAAAGAUCUGUUACGGCCCGUCUACAAUCUUGACCUCCGGAACCACGGCGACAGCCCACAUAUCGGCAGACAUGAUUACACAGCCAUGGCGCAGGACGUGGAACAUUUCCUUGGCCAACAUAAACUACGAUCUCAAAAACCCAUCCUGAUCGGGCACUCGAUGGGUGCCAAAACGGCCAUGACCAUGGCACUCCGGUCGCCUGACGCAUACUCCGCUUUGAUCCCCGUGGACAAUGCUCCGGUCGAUGCGGCGCUAAGAUCCGACUUUGGCAAAUACGUCAGGGCCAUGAAGGAGAUCGAGGACCAGAGAGAUCCCAAGAUUGAGAAACAGAGUGAUGCGGACAAGAUCCUACAGAAAUAUGAGAAGGAUCCCGCCAUCCGGGCUUUCUUGUUGACCAAUCUGGUCAAGAUGCCUAAGCGGGCGGCUGAUAAUACCGAAGACGACAAGAACACCAAGGACUCGCGUCCACAGUUAGAAUAUCGAUUUCGCAUCCCGUUGCAGACCUUGGCCAAGGCCUUGCCGUCACUAGGCGAUUUCCCGUUCAAAGAUCCUGAAAAGGCUAGAUACGAGGGACCGACUCUGGUGGUGCGAGGAACUAAGAGUCACUACGUCUCGGAUGAGGCGCUGCCCUUGAUAGGACGGUUCUUUCCACGGUUUGAACUGUUGGAUUGUGAUUGCGGUCAUUGGGUCAUGUCGGAAAAAUUUGAAGAGUUUCGCUCUGGAGUGGUUGAGUGGAUUGGCAGGGUCGUGGAUCAAGAUUGAUCGACUGACAGCUGACCGACCAACAAGUACUUGCUUUGGCUUGGAAGAGGAUCAGCCAAAAAGUUCCUCGCACUUGUAAUCAAUCUACCGCGCAGGUACCCCCUUGGCCCGGGGGUCCAGCUGUAUAGUAGUAUCAUUAUAAAGAGAACGCAGACUCUAGAGCCGGCUCGAAGAUCAUAAAGGGGGAAUCACACACAGCGUUUGUUCAGAACACGGAUUUAAGAGGUCCCACAAAGAACACGACAUUGUCACAAACACAAACACAC